UACAGGAAAUACCGUUAAAUGACCUUGGUCCUCGAACGUCUGCGUGUGUGCGUAAGUGACUGCGAGGAGCGGCAGCAUGGCGAAUAAAGAACCAAGUAGGCUAAUGCAGCACCUGAAGGACCUGGCUGGCAGGAUGUCCUCCGGCCCAAGGGGGGCGGGUCUCGGCCUCAAGCUGCUCGUUGGAGCCGGAGCUUUGGCUUAUGGAAUCAAAGAGGCUACAUACACAGUGGAAGGUGGACAGAGAGCCAUCAUCUUCAACAGGAUCGGCGGGAUGCAGAUGGACACCGUGCUUUCAGAAGGACUUCAUUUCAGGAUACCUUGGUUCCAGUACCCUAUCAUUUAUGAUAUCAGGGCCAAACCCAGGAAGAUUUCUUCGCUGACUGGAAGCAAAGACCUCCAGAUGGUAAACAUUGCCCUGCGCGUCCUCUCUCGGCCCGUGGCCUCCAACUUGCCGGUGCUCUACCAGCAGCUGGGCAAGGACUACGACGAGCGCGUGCUCCCCUCCAUCGUCAAUGAGGUGCUCAAGAGCGUCGUGGCCAAAUUCAACGCCUCGCAGCUCAUCACGCAGAGAGCCCAGGUGUCCUUGCUCAUUCGCCGGGAACUCUAUGAGCGAGCCAAGGACUUCAACAUCAUCCUGGAUGAUGUGGCCAUCACAGAGCUGAGUUUCAGCAAGGAGUACACAGCCGCCGUGGAGGCCAAGCAAGUCGCCCAGCAGGAGGCACAGCGAGCCCAGUUCUAUGUGGAGAAAGCCAAGCAGGACCAGAGGCAGAAGAUCAUCCAGGCCGAAGGAGAAGCUCAGGCUGCAAAAAUGCUGGGUGAGGCCGUGUCAAAGAACCCCGGGUACCUGAAGCUCAGGAGAAUCCGAGCAGCUCAGAACAUCGCCAAGACGGUGGCGGCAUCGCAGAACAGAGUGUACCUAAGCGCGGACAACCUGGUGCUGAAUCUGCAGGAUGACUCCUUUGACAAGUUGUCUCUGGGGGACAAGAAGAAGUAAACCAUUCCCAAACGGGGAGAGGCGUUCCAUACUCUGGUUUCCCAUCUCUGCAAUGACGUUUCCAUCCAGGAAGUGUCUCCGUCGUCAGUGUCUCCACAUUGUCGUCCAUUUCUGCUCUAAGUGGCUCUGUAAGAUUGUCUAAGUUUUGCGGCUCAGUAAAGACUCAAACGUAUCCGACAGCUCAGCUGAACCGCCACUGUAGUCCUUUGAUUUGAUGUUCAGGAACCAUGGAAACGAUCUGUUGUGUGUGUGAAAUAAUAACUGUUGAGAUGUUGAAGGAGGUGAUGCUUUUCGCACCUGGCAGGUCAGCGAGUAAAAUUCUUCUCACGAUACUAAUAAGUGCACAUUCUGACAGCCGCCUCGCCUCUCGAGCACAGUUUGUUUUGUCAAAGCUCCUUCACUGGGAUGAUCUCAAUAUAAUUUGCCAUUUUAGGAGAAAAAUGUUUCUCGGCAUGAUUGUGCCUCGUUUUGUGGGGGAUGGGGGUGUCGUGACUCACGGAUCCUUGGCGCCCGGCCGACUUCUUGGAGGAGAGGGGCAGCAGGAGGUGCUUUGAUAGACGAGAUGCCGUCAAAGGAAAACCACCCGGAAGGUUCCUCCUGCUUGUGAAGUCGUUCAUGUCCAGUGAUUUUACAUUUGUUGGUGAAAUACUGUAAAAUCACGGUAUAUUUACGUACUUGUACGAUCCUGAUUGGUCCUCCAGCGUGAGGUUUUCCUGUCGUCGCGUUCAUGGUGGUGGUCCCGGGUGUCCGCUGACAAUGAGAUGAGUCCAGUUGUUGAAGAGCAGCAUCAAGGCACAGAGCCCCAUGAACGCUGAGUGUGAAAAGAGUCCAUCUAGUUUACCUUGUUUAUUCUUGGGCUUGUGGCUCAUACAUAGAGGGACACACACACCUUUUGCCUCUUCUCAGUCCAUCGGUGUAGAACACUUCUUCCCUGGUAAUGGAGCCCCGAUUCACCUGCCCUGAGCUGGUUCAACCAUGGGUUCGAAUCCACCUCAGUCUGUAGUGUGUGGCGUUUGUAUGUCAUCCCAGGUGUUUUCACCAGGUGCUUUGCUUUCCGCCCACAUUCCAGAGACGUGUUUUGGGUGCGGUGGUGACUCUGAAUUGCCCUUUGUGUGUGUCUGAUUGCCCUGUGAUGGACUGGCAUCCCAUCCAACGGGUGUCUUGCCCCACGCCCUGUGUUUCUGAGAUGGACCCUGGACCACCGUGAGUUACCUGACCUACACUUGCUGAUAAGAAAAAAUAAA